CUUGCUCGCGGCAUCCGCGAGGCAGCCAAAGCCUUGGACAAACGCCAAGCCCAUCUCUGUGUUCUGGCUUCAAACUGUGAUGAACCCACUUAUGUAAAACUAGUUGAAGCACUCUGUGCAGAACAUCAGAUCAACUUGAUAAAGGUUGACGACAACAAGAAGCUGGGCGAGUGGGUAGGUCUCUGCAAGAUCGACAGAGAAGGAAAACCUCGCAAAGUAGUGGGCUGCAGUUGUGUGGUUGUCAAAGACUAUGGCAAGGAAUCUCAGGCCAAAGAUGUCAUCGAAGAGUACUUCAAGUGCAAGAAAUGAAUCAAAAAUAAAGUUUGAACCUGA